CAAUUGACUGGUUUUAUAGCCGAAACCUGGCGUUCAUUCUACCAGUUCCUCAACAAAGCCGGCACUGAGAGACCCAGCGAGGAGAGAGACUACUGUACGACGACUAGUGUGGGGACGGACUACAAGUCGGCGACAAUCGAGACGUCGACGGAUUUGUUCUUCAUGUUAGACAAUAUGCCCGCAAAGGGCGAGGGUUUCGAUGAGGAGAUCAAAAUGGUUACGAAUAUUGUGCGACAAUUGAAUUUAGGCCGAAACGCCGGUUCGGUCACCGUUUUAGUAAACUCUCAAAUGCAGAAUAACAUCGAUUUGGUCGAUGACAACGGCAUUCAGAUCAAUACACCCAUGUAUGCCAUCGCAUACAACACCACGUCCUCCCAGUGCGCCUCAUGUCGUACCGCGUGGUUUGAUAACUCUCAAACCAAGAUAUCCGACCGACCGCUGCUCAUGGAGUUAAUCAAUAGGACACUCAUGGAGUUUGACGCGCCCUCCGAAUCACUGGCAGGCAUU